AUGGCGGUAAACACAGAACUAUUUAUAAGUGUGAUUCAAGCUAAAACACCUAUAUGGCAAAGUAAGCAUCCACACCACAGUAAUCGCACAGUAAUAAGAAAGUUAUGGAACGAAAUAAAAGAACAAUUUCCUGGAAGUGAAGAAAAACAAUUGCGUAAGAAGUGGAAGAAUCUGCGUGAUCAGUAUAGAAAAGAAAAAAAAAAAUUCCCUACACCGCGCUCUGGUGACGGUGGCGACGAAAUAGAGAGUACGUGGCCAUACUUUCAACUUAUGCAAUUUAUAAACGAUGACAUUACCCCAGAAGUCAUGACGGGAAAUCUAAAUGACAGUGAUUCAGAAUCCCUCAACGAGCAACAUAACACCGCUGAAGUAUUGAGUCCGGGUACUUCAACCUGCAGUAGUCACACAACCGCAUCAAAACGUAAGAAAACUACAUCCGAUUAUAGGGGUGAGCUUAUAGAAUUAGAAAGAAAAAAAAUUUCAUUAAUUGAACAGAAAAUGGCGUCAAAUAGUGACCAAUCGGAGAAAUGUGACGAUUUUCAUUUUUUUAUGAGUCUCCUGCCACAAAUGAAACAAUUUAAUGAAUUACAAAAGUUACGCAUUCGAAAUAAAAUUACCCAAGUCAUAAUAGACGAAGCAGAAAGGAUGCAGUUUUCCCAUCGUCAAAGUUACGUGGACAAUGAUAAUUAUGGAGGAUACUCUUCUGGCAACUACGCUAAUUAUUAAUUUUUUUUUGUGAUUACAUAACUUUUCUUAACUACUUGAUUAUUUACAUAAAUACUACUUAUUAAAAAAUCUCGUUUUAUUCUUACCUUAGAGUUAAAAACAAUUUCUCCGCAGGACUAAUACUUUUGCGAAAGUUUGUAUCUUCUUUC